AUGGGGAAGAAGGACGAAAAGAUCUUUGGUCCUUUCUUGCCUUCCCAGGGAGACGAAGGAAACGCGCCAGACUCUGCCAUUCCUUCCCCUCAAACGCCUGCUGUAAGCUAUCCAGACAGCUCUUCGAAAGAUGUGUGGGACGCACUGCGUUUUCACUUGAGUCUUCUCUUCCAGCAAGCUGCCUUUGAUUUAAAUUUGCCCGUUCAUGCAGUCACUGCUGCGGUCUCCGCGUUUCGACGUGUCUUCCCAAAGUACUUCUCCAGGGACGAGUUAGAAAACCGACCCCACUGCGUCACACGCUGCAUGGCUGCGUGUCUUUUCUUUGCGGGAAAGGCGAGCGAUACAAAUCUCAAACUUCGCGAGGCCGUGAACUGCAUAGCGUUCCUCAACUGGUCGCUGAAAAACAAGCGACUCGACGGGAGAGUCGCGGCGUUGGGGAGCGCAGAAGCGGAAGACAAAAAGCGAACGAGGAGCGAAACGGAAGGAGCGGCGGAGCAGGCGGAGAAAGACGAGGGACCGCCGGAGAGGCGGAGAAGGAUAUCCGCCGGUGUGGGGAACGAACGGGAAGCGGAGGACACCAGCGGAGAGAGAAAAGAGGAGGGUGAGAAGCAGGCGGGCGCUGGAGGCGACGAGAGUGGGGGGAAACACGAGGAUGAGAAGAGGGACGACAAGCAAGCUCCGCUCAGUCGACUACGAGGGCCGCAGAGCCUGCCUAACUUCUUGAAGGGGUACGCACCUAUGGGAAUACGUGACUACUGGAAAGUUCGCCAGGAGUGUCUCUUGGAAGAACAGCGUCUCUGCCAGGCGCUGGGAUUCUCUCUCGAGCUCCCGCUCCUCCACGAUGCUGUGCUGGAGGCUCAGCUGCUGCUCCUAUUUUCACACAAAGAGACGCACCUGAUGUGGGCGAUUGUGAAUGACAUCUCAGCGACGCCUCUAGUCGACCAGUUUUCGGUCCCAGUCCUGAUUGCUGCGGCAGCCAUUUGCACAAAGAAACUGGUCCGGCUGUUUGACGACGAGCAGGAACUCGCCUUGCUUUCAAGGGGAGACGAACGAACCGACGAGAAUCAGGAAGGACACCCGGUGGGAGAGGCAGCGAGUUCAGCCGGAGAAUGUGGAAAAACGGUGGCCAGGCGAGCAACGGGGGAAACUGAAGAGAACGGACACAUCCGGUCUGACGACGGUGCACAAGGAAAGGAAAGUGAGCGGCAAGCCGCCGCGCUGUCCAGCUGCAGUGACACUCGAGAUGUGCUUCAGCGGCUGAGUCCCCUCCUUGAGGGAUCGCCGGAAUUCUGGGGCCUGCUCGAGGCGAGAAACGCCUUUGGUCGAGGAAAGAUCGGGUUCGGGCCACUGGACCGCUCGCGAGGCAGUCCACCAGACGCACUCAGAGUGCGAAGCUCAGAGGCGGACGAAACAUCGGACACAGAAGACAAGGACAAGUGCGCAGAGGAGAGGAGACGCCAGAGAAGGCAGCUCUACGUCCACCUUGCCGAAGUGUGCACUCGGCUGUUUGCUUUCUACGGCCUAGUUGUCAAGUACCGCCAGGGCUCGGACUCGAGAGCCGAUCUGGUACGAAGCCAAGCAGACGGGGAGGAAGCAGUCAGCGCAGCGAAAUCUUCCUCAGAAACACCAACCGCGUGA